UCAAUGGACCUCUUCGGCGUUUUGCCGUGAGGCCUGUAGCCGUGCGUGUACCCUCCGCUUCAUGUAACUUCAGUUAAACCGAGUUUUUACACGCAUCCGAUUACGCCGAUUAUCACCGGCUACGUUUUCGUACGAACAUAUUCGCAAUGAUGGGCGAUCAGGAGGAAUACGACGUCGAGUACGUCGAUAACUUCGGCUACCCGAUCCACGACGCCGAUCCUCAUGGCUACAAUGCCGGCUACAAGCUUACCGAGGCCAUGCAGAGCACGCUCAUGUUCCUCAAGAAGGCAAUCCAGGAGGGAAACCUGUACGAGAUUCAGAGCGUCUACGAGAACAACCUCGCCAAGCUGAUGGAACAGCACAGCAAGGUGAUGCCGCCACCAAACUCCAAAGAAAUGGCCCACAUCUUGGAUGAUCAUAUCUUCAUGAUCCUGUACAAGGAGUUGUACUACCGACAGAUCUAUGCUCGGGGGUCCCCAAAGAUUGACGAGAGAUUUGAGUCGUACUACAACUACUGUGCCCUCUUCAACUACAUCUUGAGCACUGAUGGACCUGUGGCGCUGGUUCUUCCCAACCAGUGGCUGUGGGAGCUGAUUGACGAGUUUAUUUAUCAGUUCCAGUCCUUCAGCCAGUACCGUAGCAACCUGAGCAAGAAGACUCCAGAUGAGAUUGAGCUUCUCAACACCAACCCCAAGAUCUGGAAUGUUCACAGCGUCCUCAACGUGCUCCACUCUCUCGUCGACAAGUCUAACAUCAACCUCCAGCUGGAGGUGUACACCCAGGGAGGGGAUCCCGACAGUGUGGCCGGGGAGUUUGGCCAGCACCCGCUCUACAAGAUGCUGGGCUACUUCAGCCUGGUGGGGCUACUUCGUCUACACUCGUUGCUUGGCGACUACUACCAGGCCGUCAAGGUGCUCGAGAACCUCGAGCUCAACAAGAAGAGCUUGUACUCCCGGGUUCCGGCUUGCCAGAUCACGACCUACUACUACGUGGGCUUUGCGUACCUGAUGAUGCGGCGCUACGCAGACUCCAUCCGCACCUUCUCCAACAUCCUGGUUUACAUUCAGCGCACCAAGCACCUCUUCCCAACGCGCACCUACCAGGGCGACCAGAUUAACAAGCAGACGGAGAAGAUGUACGCCCUGCUGGCCAUCUGUUUGACGCUGCACCCACAGCGAAUCGACGAGAGCAUCCUGUCUCACCUUAAGGACAAGCACGGGGAGCAGAUGAACAAGAUGCAGCGUGGGGACAAGGGCAUCUUUGCUGAGAUCUUCAGCGUGGCCUGCCCCAAGUUCCUGAACCCGGUGCCACCACCCCUCACCCCCGCGACAGUCGACAACAAGGAGGCGAGAAACUACGCCAAGGAGCCUCUUCAGCAGCAGCUCAACGUCUUCCUCAGCGAGGUUGAGGGGCAGCUCAUAAUUCCUACCAUCAGGAGCUUCCUGAAACUGUACACUACAAUGCCUGUCUCAAAACUGGCAAGCUUCCUUGAGGACAGUGAUGUGAAGACCAGGAACUACCAUUGUCACCUCCUCAGCUUCAAGCACAAAAUGAAGAAUGUGGUCUGGACCAAGGGCUCCAGCAGCUUGGACGGCGAAUUCCAGUCCGGCUCAGAUGUUGACUUCUUUAUUGACAGGGACAUGAUACAUAUAGCUGACACCAAGGUGGCCAGGCGCUACGGUGACUUCUACAUCCGCCAGUACCACAAGUUCGAGGAGCUGUACCGGACUUUGAGUGGUCUGCAGAUGUGAACGAAAACCUUCAGCACUGCCACGUGGAAUUGAGAACCGUUUGGAUAAUAAAGUUGAAAAAAAAAAAAAAA